AUGGACCAGCCAUAUCGAGGAGCUUGUGCUGCUUGGCAAUUCAAGGUCACGCAUGCGGACGAGGGAGCCGUCUGGCACCCAACUGCCCGACUUUCGCCUGGACUAUCAUCGGAUGCACAGUCUCAAUUCCCUCCCACACCGCACGAGGGAAGCCCCAGUGUUGUCACGAUUGGCGCAGGGAUGAGAACUUUGCUCGAGUGUAUCAGAGACGAGUUGGACCUCAAAAGCGCUCAGAUUUACGUCGAUCGGAUAGGCUGCAAUGAGAAGUGCAGAUUCGACACGGAAGCAGCAUAUAAUGUGGCGUGUGGUGUCUACCCUGCUGUAACUUCAUGGGUCGACGUAAAAGAGCUGGAUGACUUGGCGGCGGACAUGGAAGUCGAACUUCGCGAUGGCUCUUAG